CAACACAUUCAUUUGGAACCUGUUUGUAAGAAGAUUUCCCACAAGUGUUACACCAACUUUGAAACUGUUGAUACUUUGUGAUAUUCUCUUCUCUUGAAAGGGUUAAAAAAUAUUGUUCAAUAUUUUUUAAUUUUUCGAGAACUACCAAGAACCGGAAAAGAAUGAACAAACUAGCAGAUAUUUUUGGAGAAUUUUCUUUGAACACAGUGGAAAAUGAUUCAAUCAAUUAUAGUUAUUUUGAUUUCUUCAAGAAUCCACAUAAACUUCCAAUAAACGAAGUAUAUAUUGAAAGGAAACGAUAUGAACUAGAUAAGAGCUCAUUGAAUAAGCAGGAAGAGGCUAAAAGUGAUAAAAACAAAAAAAAAUGUGUGACUAUGAAGAAAGAAGUGAUACCUGCUCUGCACGAGUCAUGGCUACCAAGGUUCAUACCAGCCUUUGAAUUCCAAGAGUAUAAUUUCAGUAUUCCCGAAGAAGAUAAUAUCUUUUUCAAUGAAAAUAACAAGAAUUACUUAUUCUUUCUAGAAUAUUUAAUAAGAAGUUCCUAUCAUCAGUUUUGGUGUAGUGUAUUAUUUAAAGAAAAUGUACAGGACAAUUUAAGAGAAUUUAUGCUGCAUCCUAUUCCUGUUUAUCUAUACAAUGACCUAGGAAAAGAAUGUCAGAAAGUUUAUAAAGAAGUGUUCAAUAAAUUUUAUCUGGUGGUUCGAAGACUCAUUGUGUUCAGGGAAUCAGAGACAGAGUACAUGCCUGCAAAUGUUGGAGCUAAAUAUUUAGUGGAAAAAAAAUUACUAAAUUUAUCCAUAGCUUUAACAAUCACUCUGUUGUACGUGGAUUUUGAUAAUGAAUUAAUUAAUGAAUUGAGUGAUAUUUAUUUUUCCCUCCAAGGACAACAAAAAUUCAUAGAAAAAGAAGUAGAGCACUAUUUGAAAGAGUUCAUUUUGAUCUCUGAUACAAUCAGGGGGCGCAUAACAGGGAAAUUCGAUCCAGGUAUAGUUCCAGUUCCAAUAUCUUUGGAAGAUAGGCCAAAGAUAUUCAGUCUACCAUGGGUGAAUUCUGUAGUGAAUUAUUGUUUGAAUAUGAUAAGUACGCUCAGUUCCCUUUUCCGCCUCAGGAGUUCAACAGUUGAAGUUGCUUAUCAACUAAACGUUCCAGAAAAUUUAGCAAAAAAUUAUGAUGGCAUUUUCAAUGAUAUCUAUGAAAUGCUUGAAAGCAGAAGAGAGUCGAUACAAGAUGAUGGCUUAUAUAAGAGAAUAAUGGAAAAAAUUGGUUAUGCACGAAUUAAAUUUGUGGAUAAUUUUCAUAAUUUUAUAUCUUUCAUAUUGGAAAAGACCAUCUCCUUACAGGGGAAAAGCAAAGAGCAAGAAGAAUACCUAGAAAUGUUCAUAGACACAAUGUCUGCCGCAUUAGAAUAUGAAAUUUUCAUCUGUGAUUAUAAUCAUAAAUACCCAGUGUCACAAACCGUAGAAAUGUUUGAAGACUUUUCCCAAAUAGAUAAAACACGGACUGAUUAUAUAAUAACAUCUCUGAAUAGUUUAGAAAGGAAUGAUUUCAUUAAGGACAAAUUCAGUAUUGAAUCGGCGUUUGUUAAUCUUUUACCAAAGUCAGCAGCUGUCAAAGAACCACAACCAAGUUGUUCUUCCACUUAUGAACCCGUACCUGGAACAAGUAAGGAAUGGAACGAUGUUGACGAAAAAAUUCAGUCGAUUACAUCGAUAUUCCCUCAUCUGGGUGAAGGCUUUGUGGAGAUGUGUCUGAAGCACUUUGAUUUCAACACAAAUCAGGUGGUACAGGCAAUUUUGGAGGAAAAUAUUCCACCCCAUUUGCUCGAAGUGGCUUUCGACACUCCAAGAAUACCUCCAGAACCGGAACCACCAAAGCCUACCUUAGCUUAUCGGGGCAAGAAACCAGGAUUUGACGAUGCUCUUUCAAUGUUAAACGACAAGAAGGAGAAGGAAAAAAUGAAGACUUUAGUUAUGGAUGGAAUAAAGUACAAUAAUCGUUAUGACAAUACGGAUGAUGAAUACGAUGAUCGAGAUAGUCUCCUAGAACCAGAUUUCGUCGUUGAGCAUGAAGUUGAGAAAUACGAGAAACGGAAUGAGGAGGAACUUGUGAGUGAUACUAGCUAUAGCGAUAACGAAUUUGAUGAAGAGGGUAAACCUGUGGAUAAAGGGGAUAAAACAGGAUUCAAAGCGUUCUGUGAAGACCCAGCUGUUGUUAGAGCUAGAUACGAGGCAAAAAUGAGAAUCCGUAGGGGAAAAACAGACGUUGUCGGAAAGCCCAAGGGACAGGGUCAGGAGAAGAAAGUAGUGAAUGCCAGACAGAAGAAAAACGUCCAAAAGUCUACUCGCGCCAAUCAUAACAGGAAAGGCGGGGCAUCUUUCAAAAGGAAUAAAGGAAUGAUUCCUUCCUGAAAAAUUAAUUGGAAUAUUCAAGGAAUUCGUUUUUAUUUUGUUUGUUUAUAGAAUAAAUUUUUAAUUUGUUA